UCCAGUAGUGCCAGUCCCGUUCAGAUUUUACUUGCGUCAAGAUGUGUGUUCCGCUACGUUCUCAUUGUCUCAACAACACCUCGUAGAUAUUGCUCAACCACACAAGUUUCCCACGCAUGUGCUAGUUCCACACCCUAAUAGUUGGUGAUCGCAAGUUGACCAAUGUCGUGGCAUUCUCAAGCUUUAAUAGUCUAAGAGUUCGAAAGUCCGAGAAAAACAAUGGAAACCAUCACCGAUUCCAAGGAGGAAUCGAACUUACGCAAUCGAAAGCCACAACGAAAAGGAAAGUCCACCGCGGAGGAGACGAGAAAUGCGGAAAACAACACCGUAGAUGGCGACGGGGAAAACAAACAGAAACUGCAACGCGUUGCGAGUGACGAACCCGAAAAACUCAAAGCCAAGUCUUCGCCAAAGCCAGGUGGCGACAGUGAAAAUGUGGUGAACUCCGCCGACAAUGAGUCUCGCUUUGUGAUCCGGGUCCAGCUGGAUGGGGCUUCGGUGGUGUUGUUUGUGCUGUCGUUCGUGACACGGUUCUUUAGGCUAAGCCAUCCGAAUGGGGUCGUAUUCGACGAGAUACACUAUGGAAGGUUUGCGUCGCUAUACCUUCGGAAUACGUUCUAUUUCGAUCAACAUCCACCGCUGGGGAAGAUGCUGAUAGCGGGCGCUGCCAGCGCCGUUGGAUACAAUGGGAAGUUUGAAUUCCCGAAAAUCGGAGCCGAAUACGAUGCGAGUGUUCCUAUCUUUGCGUUCCGCUUCGUACCAGCACUUUGCGGAAGCUUGUUGGCCCCAGUCGUCUACAGCAUUCUUCGUCAGCUAAAACUAAGCCAAUUUAUUGCCAUCAUUGGUGGACUGCUGAUUGUCUUCGAUAACGCCCUCCUGACGCACUCCCGCUUCAUUCUGAUGGAACCGAUGCUGUCACUCUUCUCCGCCGUCGGUCUCCUGUUCAUGCUCAAGUUCCUCAACAGUCAGCCAUUCUCCGCCCGGUGGUGGUCUUUCGGAGCCCUUGCUGCCGCGUCGCUUACGGCAGGAGUUUGCGUCAAAUAUGUUGGCUUCUUCAGCUACGCCCUAGCAUGCUACAUUAUCGGUCGUCACGUGUGGAUGCAACUGCCUGAUCGAACCCAAUCCAACGUACAUCUGCUGAUGAAGAGUGUUACUAAGGCUGCACUUUUUGUAUCCGUAUCUGUUGCAUUGUAUUUGGGUUGCUUUUACAUUCACUUGGAAACUCUGUACAAAGCGGGCCCUCACGAUAGCGUCAUGACCAGUGCCUUCCAAGCUUCGCUGGAAGGCGGACUGGCAUCCAUUACGAAAGGUCAACCUCUACGGAUCCAACACGGAUCGCAGAUUACUUUAAAACACACGCAUGGACGAGUCUGCUGGAUGCAUUCACAUGCCCACGUAUACCCGAUCAAAUACAAAGACGGACGAGGUUCUAGUCAUCAACAGCAAGUCACGUGCUACGGGUUCAAAGACGUGAACAACUGGUGGAUUGUGAAACGCCCGGAAAAGGAGAACAUCGUAGUCGGUGAGGAACCGGACUACAUCCAGGAUGGCGACGUUAUUCAGCUGGUCCAUGGCGUUACAAGCCGAGCAUUGAACUCCCACGAUGUGGCAUCAGCGAUGACUCCACUCAGUCAGGAGGUGUCCUGUUACAUCGACUACAACAUUUCCAUGCCAGCCAACCUGUUGUGGAAGGUCGAAAUAAUCAACGCCAAAGAUUCGAAGAACAAGUGGAACGCCAUCACAUCGCAGGUCCGGUUGAUCCACGUAGCAACGAACGCAGCGCUGAAGUACACCGGCGAGCAGCUACCGGAUUGGGGAUUCAACCAGUUUGAAAUGGCUGCCGAUCGGAGACAGUACACCAUAGAUACGAUCUGGAACGUGGAGGAACAUCGUUACACUCAAGAUGCCGAAAGAAAGGAUGUCCUGGAGAAGUUGUUGAAAACGGAGAUGAUCCCACUGGAGCCGACGAAGUUGUCCUUCUGGGAUAAAUUCAGCGAAUUGCAGAUGAAAAUGCUGCUCCACGCGGAAAAGAUUGAAGGUCACAUGUAUUCGUCGGAACCUUUCGAUUGGCCACUGAUGGACAAAGGAAUCGCGUAUUGGGUGGAUGGUGCAUCGAAUGCGCAGAUCCACCUGCUCGGAAAUUUGGUUAUCUGGUACUCGGCAACUCUAGCGAUUGUGGCGUAUAUUGGACUACUGGUGUUCUAUCUCAUGCGGCGCAGACGGAACUUCUUCGACCUGAGCGAAGAUGAAUGGCAAAACUUCCGGUUUGGAGGUGAAAUUUUCCUGGCCGGAUACUUGAUUCACUACCUACCAUACUAUUUCGUGGAAAGAACGCUGUUCUUAUAUAACUACCUCCCGGCACUUCUGUACAAGAUUCUACUGCUGUGUUUCGUGUUGGAACAUAUUCAGUUGGUGAUCAAGAAAUUUGUUAAAGUCCGUUUGGUUUCCGUCAUGUAUAGCGCCGUCCUCUAUGCCUGGAUUGCUGGGGUGAUUUACUUCUUCAGCAAGUUCAGCGUACUCAGCUACGGAACCACCGAGCUCAGCGCUGAUGAUGUACUCAAACUACGGCUGAAGGAUACGUGGGAUUUGAUUGUUCAUAAGCCUUAGGCAUGAGAUUUCGUUUAAGUUUGUAGAAUUUUAACAAGAAUACUCGUUUGACAUGUUUUUGGAAUAGCUGUACUCGAAACAAUUGUAUAUGUUGUGAGGACGAUUAAAACAAUACUCAAUGAAUAAUAA